AUGACCGUCGCGAGCGCGGUGGCCCAACUCAACAGUCAAGAGCUCGAGGCAAUCGGGAUUUCCCUGAAGCGCUCGGUCGCGGAACAGGACGGGCAAAUCCACUACGCCGUGUGCAACACCCUCUUAGACGAAAUCUCGAAACUGGCGAAUCAGUUCCAAAAACACGAAAUAGACCAUUUCGAAUCGCUCUUUGUUCUCGCGAAGAUCGAUCGAAUCGUCAAGUCUAAAACCGGGAGAAUUCCUCGAUCGACGGCCGUCGAGCUCGAGGGCGACCUGCAGAAGCCGCUCGGUCGGCACUUCUACCCUCGCCUUUACGACCAGGGAUGGCUGCAGGCGUCGGUGGACGGCGAGCUGUCUCUUGGAGUACGAACCCUGCUCGAGCUUCGACCUUAUUUGGAAUCAGAAUACGAGCAAGACCUCAAAAAGUGCUCUCUGUGUUCAAACUGGGUCUUCAAUGGCCGCCCGUGUCCCAACGAGCAAUGCAACGUCAAACUCCAUCACUAUUGUCUUUCUCGGUGGACGCAAAUCCGGCAAUCGUACAGCUGCCCGUCUUGUUGCGCCACGUUCUGCUCGGACGCACAGAGUUCCAGCUAGCUCCGCGUGCGCUUCGCUGCAGCUCCCCCGUGGCCCACGGCCCGCGGCUUUUCUUUUGCGUCGAAAUGUUAUGAAAUAGACCCAAAAAUAGAGAAAAGGUUUUUGACUUUUGUGUUCCAACUUGCUAUCAAUUCGCCAAUUUCCGCCUUCAGAAUGUCAAGCAUUCUUCUAUACGGAUCGCACAGCGUCCGCGCGCGAUACUCUUUCAACGUACGAGCCCGUUUCAAUCCAUAUGUGUGUGCUUUCCUUUGUGCCGAUGGAUUUUCGUACAGCUGAAAAACCUUUUCGACGAGACAGAGCGUCAUCGUGGGGAUAACCAACGAGAGCGUCACCAUGCUAUUCGAGGCGCUCUCCGGCAUUUGCAGCCUAGUCGUCGACGUCUAUCAAGCCUGCCUGGAAAAAUCUAAAUCGCGGAAACAGAAGCUCAAAGAGCUGGCCAGAUUCGAAGAAAUCGAGCCCUAUUUAGAAGACGUGCUUAGCUUCUGCACGAUUGAAGCCGGCGCACGCAACGUUCCAGACAGACAGGCAAAAAUGGAAGAGCUAACCAAAGAAAUUCGCGCGCACAAAAGUUGGAUCUGUUCCAAUUUAAAACGCGAAAAAUCUAACGACCAUAACGAAUACGCCAUCUUCGAUCUCGUUCUGCAAUUCUUGGAGCUCGUAAUGACCUUUCUGGACCAAAGACAUCAGGCAGAAAAAGAGUAUCUGUGCGCUUUCAUAGAGGAAAUCGUCAUACGCGCCAACAACGCCAGAACCAUCGAAAACGAAAAGAUUCUGGUAACAGAAAGUCAAAAACUGCUUCAGUCCUGUUUGGAACUACUCAGGUACAGACAUAAAGAGACACCAAUCGUUUCUGUACGACUCUCUCUCUCACCCUUUAUUCAGAAACACGAAAAGACUGAUCUUCGCACAGGUGACCGUCAGCGCGUCGCUGAAGCCGAGACUACACGUGGUCAACUGCCUGCUCCAAACCGCUCUUCCGAACUACUUGAAGAUUUGCAGAGAAAAAAUUAAACGUUGCGACAACGAAACCAUCUUCAAGCAAAACACCUGUUUUAUGCAACUAUGCAGCAUUUUAAGCGAAUUCAAAAACGUGGUGUUGAGCAUCCGAUCCAAUAAUAAAAGUACCAUCGAGGCGCUUGAUCCUCUGCCUGCUUUGUCUCCUAAUCAAUGCCCUUCUUCGGCAAACGACCUCCUCGCCAUGUUGAAAAAUUUAGAAUUCAAAGUCGGCCAAAACCAAAGGAAGAGCAAUUUGAAAGCCUUAGUCAGCAACCUCGUGAACUCCUUCAACAUGGACAGUGAACAAAGAGCCGACUUCAAGGCGGCCGUAAGGGACAGCAUCUUGGAGACGCAAAACCAUGAUGCGCAGGCCAAAGUUGUGUCUGGCAUCUAUACGGCUGAGAAAAAGAACGAUUUGAUCGAGCUGACCAAAGACAUGCUCAAGGCCCUCAGAAACACGUCAAAAGUUUUGGCAUCUAAGUCUUGAUGCCGUUUCGAUACGCGCUCGAUUUUAAAAAAAAAAAUAAAAGCAAAAACAAAGAA